GUAUUGUACCUCAUCUGCCACCUGCUGAGGAGAGAGACAGAAUCAAGGCAGAAUAUUUGGAAAACAGGAGAAGGAAAUAUCAGCAGCAACAACAGAAACAGCAAUAGCAGAUGAUCAUUGGAAACAGAUCAAACAUGGUACAAAAUACUUAAUGGAAGAAGUGAAAGCAGUCUUAAUCAACUAUUGCUAAUCCAAGCUGGCAAGUGUCAUAAAAUGAAUGUGAGGCAAAUUUUUGUGGUCUCCAUCUUGAUGGCCCUUGUAGCUGUUAUGGUGGUGAAGAUUUACCCAAAUUAUCCCACUGGGAAGCUGGGUGUGCUCUUCUAUUACUGCACCAGUUCCCAUGAAGACCGGAGGGAGGUAAAGGCUACCAGUGCUGGAGUGGCUGGGCUGCCUCUGAGUCCUGACACACAAAUUAGCAUCAUCAUUCAUGGAUACACAGAGUCAUCUUUUCGGAUGUGGGUCCUGAACCUUACAGAUGUCUUGUUAGUUGCUGAGCCUGGCAGCCUGGUGAUCCUGGUGGACUACUGGGACUUGGUCACCAUCUCCCGGCCCUAUAUGAUGGCCAACACCAGACAGAUAGCCAACACCACAGCCCAGUUCAUUGACUUGCUGGUUGAGGAGAGAGGGGUGAGGCUUGGCAAAAUCCAUGUCAUUGGGUUCAGCUUGGGAGGCCGAAUCAGUGGUCUUGUUGGGGAUAGAGUCAAAUCAGGAUCUCUUGGAAGAAUCACAGGAUUGGAUGCCUCCUACCCAUGGCUGCCUCCUAAAACCAAGGAUGAGUUUCUAGACGCCAGUGAUGCUGCCUUGGUUGUCACCCUGCGGACCUCCACCAUAGGGUCUUACUCCCCACCUGGUCACAUUGACUUUCAUGCUAAUGGAGGUCACAUACAGCCAGGCUGUAGUACAUGGUAUCUCCCCAAGACAGCAGAGCAAGUGUGCAGCCACUACCGGGCAGUGUGGAUCAUGGUGGAAGCUGUGAGGGAUGGUAGUGGUGCCUUCCCGGCUUGCAGAUGUGACACCAGGGAAAGCUUUGUGCAUCACUCCUGUGCCUGUGAGACUGUCAAUCACUUCAGUCUCUCUCUAAACAUCAGUGCUCAUGGAAACUUCCAUUUUUCAACAAAUGCAACUCCUCCAUAUUCCCAGCCAUUGGAACACAAGAAUUAAUGUUAUCCUGUCCUGUCUUAACCCAGUCAACAAGCUCUGAGAAAUUUCUUAAGGCAAUACAUGAAGAUACUGUGGCUGAACCUAGUGUCUAGACCUUUGUAUUUUGGUAGAAAAUUUUGUGUUGCCUUCUCUAGUCAGAUUUAUAUCAUUACCAUCUAUCUCUGGCAUGGAAGAAAAAUCAUUGUCAGGCAACAUCACAAGCUUAAUUAAUAAGAAAAAAAUAGUUUAAAGUUAAGUGGAGAUUUACCAGAAGUACUUUUACCUGAAGUACUUUUUAUGUAUAUCCAUGGUGUGACUUUUUAUAUGUUUAUUCACCUUGGAGCAUGGAACACACUGUUUUCCAGCUUAUAUUAUGCAUUGAUGUUGUAGAACAAUUUUUGGUAAUAAUUUACCGAAUGCAUAUUGUCACAGCUUUGGUUGGAUGUAAGAACAAUGUAUUCCUUUGCCAUUCUUUAGGUAAUUUUGAAAUCAGAGGAAACUUAACCAAUGACAGCUGCCAUGAAAAAAAGAUGAAAGAUGUCACUUUUGUUGAAAAUAUAGGUAGGAAAACUGCUUCAUCAAGUAGAGAGAAGUUACAACCCACUGCUACGUAAGAGAAACAGACGCAGAAUAAGAAAUAUGCACAAAGGUGGCCUUACCAUCCUACACAGUGUACUAGGCUGAGCUGGCACCAUCUGGCAGCUACUGUAUCAAAUUGUAAGAUGCUUCCAGAGUUAAAUGUAUGCUUAAGAUGUAGUAAGUAUAUUAGUGUACAAGUAUGUGUGACAUGGAUUUUCACCUAUAAGGCUGCAAGAUAAAUAAACCAAUUUAUUAUUA